ACUGGAACCUAUUAGGUGCCCCUUCAUCGUGUUACAAAAAGCAUGAGUUCCAGCCAGAUUUCACUGCAAGUGAAACAUCAGAGACUUAAAAGACAGAAGAAACCUUCUAAGUGUAGUGAAUGUGGAAAGAUUUUUACUCAGAGAUCAUCUCUUACCCAGCAUCAGAAGAUUCACACGGGAGAGAAACCCUAUGUAUGUACUGAAUGUGGAACUUGUUUCCGUAAACAGUCAAAUCUUACUCAACAUCUGAGGAUUCAUACGGGAGAGAAACCUUAUAAAUGUGAUGAAUGUGAGAAAGCCUUUCAAACAAAAGCAGUCCUUGUCCAGCAUCUGAGAAUUCAUACUGGGGAGAAACCCUAUAAAUGCGAUGAAUGUGGCAAAGCCUUUUGUCAGAGUCCAUCCCUUGUUAAACACCUGAGAAUUCAUACUGGAGAGAAGCCCUAUAAAUGCAGUGAGUGUGGCAAAGCCUUCAGUCAGAGCAUAUGCCUUACUCGUCAUCAGAGAAGUCAUUCUGGAGAUAGACCUUAUAAGUGUAAUGACUGUGGGAAAGCCUUUAAUCAGAGUGCAUGCCUCAGGCAGCAUCAGAGAAUCCACUCAGGAGAGAAGCCCUACACAUGUACCAGAUGUGGUAAAGCCUUCACUCAGAACUCUUCCCUUGUUGAACAUGAGAGAACUCACACUGGAGAGAAACUUUUUAAGUGUAGUGAGUGUGAAAAAACCUUCCGCAAGCAAGCACACCUUAGUGAACAUUACAGAAUUCACACUGGAGAGAAAGCUUAUGAAUGUGCUAACUGUGGGAAAUCCUUCAGGCACAGCUCAGCGCUUGCUCGACAUCAGAGGCUUCAUGCUGGGGAUAAAACUCGGGAUAUAACUAGGGUGGAAAGACUUGUAUCAAUAUGAAAACACUUCUUUUUUUUUUCUAAAUUCUUAGGAGAUUAGGACUCAGAUCUUCGCCUGGGAUGAAUGUUUUGUAUGUUGAGCACAAGGCAAUGUGUCCUAAAAAUUAGAAAAUAGACUCAGAACUACAUAGUCUUAAAUUUGAUGGCUUCUCUGCCACCUAAUGGGUGUCUGACCUUACCGCUCUGAGCCUCAGUUUUUCCCAUCAUCCCCAAAGAAUACUGAGGAUACUUACUAGAGUUGUCUUGAG